AUGGUUACUGAAGAAGAAAGUUGGUGUUUUAACUUCAAAAGAACAUUAUCUGACAGGGAAGUUCUGGAGUUCGCUUCUCUUCUCUUGAUAGUUGGAGAUACUCCUCCAGUUCUGGAUGCUCAACCCGAUACUAGAAGAUGGGCACUUCAAACUACAUAUAUGUUCAGUGUUAAGUAUCUUUAUGCUAGGAUGGUAACAGAUGAUGGCAUUGAUAAUUUCCCAACAUAUUUUAUCUGGAAUUCAGAAAUUCCACCAAAAGUAAAGUUUCUAGUCUGGUGUCUGGUGCAUGAAAAACUCAACACAAUAGAUAGAUUGAAUAACAGGGGAAUGAAUAUUUAUAACUCCUGCAUUUUAUGUGGUAGCACUGAAGAAUCUCAAGAUCAUUUGUUUCGUCACUGCAACAUUUCUUAUAAAAUUUGGCAUUCUCUUUCUCCUGGUGGUGACUGGGCUUGGGUCAUUUGGAACUCUAUCUUGUCAUUAGCUCAUGGAUGGGACAAUGAUUUAUUCUCUACUUCAGGUAAUUUGAUAUGGGGUUUGAUUCCAGAAGCAAUCAUUUGGGUUAUCGGACGCGAAAGUAACUCCAGAACUUUUGAGACUGACUACAAUUUUAAGACUGACAUAUACUUGAUUAUAGAUGUUAAGUCAAUGCAUUUACAGAGUCAUCACGGUAUUCAUUCUUAUACCUUGCCGACUAGUGUUGCAGUAACUCUAGAUCACUUCAAUUACAGACCAGAGAGCUAUGAAACUUUUCAACAAAAAUAUGUGAUCAAUUCCAAAUAUUGGGGUGGUGCAAAUGUUAGUGCACCCAUCUUUGUUUUUUUAGGAGAAGAGUCCAAUAUAGAUGCAGAUGUUGCUGGGAUUGGAUUCCUGUCUGAUAAUGCUCCUCAAUUUAAUGCUCUCAUUGUCUUUAUAGAGCACCGGUACUAUGGGAAAUCGAUUCCAUUUGGAUCGAGGGAAGAAGCAUUUCGAAAUGCUAGUACACUCGGAUACUUCAAUUCGGCCCAAGCUCUGGCAGAUUAUGCCGAAGUUAUCAUUAGUCUAAAGAAAAAUAUGUCCGCUGAUUCUUCCCCUGUUAUAGUCUUUGGUGGAUCUUACGGCGGAAUGCUGGCUUCAUGGUUCCGCCUGAAAUAUCCACACAUCACGCAUGGAGCUCUAGCGUCAUCUGCAGCAGUUCUGUAUUUUGAUGACGUUGCACCAAAAUAUGGAUAUUAUAGCAUUGUCUCCAAAGAUUAUCGAGAAAUUAGCAAGUUUUGCUACGAUGUCAUUAAAGAAUUCUGGUCUCUGAUCGAUUCAAUCGCUUCUCAAGAAAAUGGUCUUGCUAUCCUCAGUGAAAAGUUCAAGACUUGCUCAGUAAGUCCUUUAAGCAAAUCCUCUGAGCUAAAGGACUGCUUAGGUUCUAUUUACGCUGAAUCUGCACAAUAUAAUGCUCCACCAAAAUACCCAGUCACAGUGAUCUGCGGUGCCAUCGAUGGAGCACCAAUAGGAACUGACAUUCUUAGUCGGAUACAAUCAGGGGUUGCGGCUUUUAUGGGAAAACAAAAUUGCUAUGAUAUGGGUGAAUUUACCCGUCAAACCGAAACAAUCCAAGGAUGGCAAUGGCAGACAUGUAGUGAGAUGGUAAUGCCCAUUGGGGUUGAUGGCGAGGAUACGAUGUUUCAGGCAUCACCCUUCGAUCUUAAGAAUUUCUCAGUGUCCUGUCAAAGCCGGUACAAUGUGGAACCAAGACCGCAUUGGAUAUUAAAUGAGUUCGGAGGAAAGGAUAUCAAAUCGGUGCUUCAAGUAUUUGCUAGCAACAUCAUAUAUUCCAAUGGAUUAAGAGAUCCUUACAGCAGUGGAGGAGUUCUGGAGAAUAUCUCAGACAAUGUCGUAGCCAUUACCACAGAUAAAGGAUCACAUUGUUUGGAUUUACUUCAUAAAUCACCGGACGAUCCAAAGUGGCUAGUUGAACAGCGAGAGGCUGAGAUUGAGAUUAUCAAAAGGUGGAUCGAAGAAUACAAUGCCUUGCGUAUCAUUAAAACAAGUAAAGCUCACCACUGGGCUCGCUAGCUUGCACCGUGAAAGAUUGAAAAGGAAACUCUUUUGCGUUCAUGUAUCAACAACCUAAAAACUCAAUACUAUCCCUCACUCCAUAAUAAAAGUAGCACCGGUGAAGCUUACCCUCUCUCCUAUUGGUUGGUGAGCAUAACCUCGCGCUCUCAUUGGGUAAUUGAGAAAUCAUUCGUAUUCGUCGGAUGAAAUUUCGUUAGAAGUGGUGCGUUGAUCUGACAAUGUGCGGUGUAGAUUGGAUGGAUUGUUGGGACACACGUGAAGAACGACCCUCAUUAUUUAGAAAAACUGCUAUAUUAAUUUCGUGUAUUUAUUGUGAAAAUCCAGAAAAGAAAGA